AUCCAAAAACUGUUUUUUAACAAAACCGUGGUUUUAAUUCCGUUUAUUAUUCUAGCUUUAAUUGGCUAGAAUAUAGUAUUUAACAUGAUGCUAUUUACUGUUUUUGCUGUCGCAAUUUUAGCGUAGCAAGUGAUAAAAAUGAUUCUACGUUUACAAGUAUUGGAUUCAACAACUGGAAAAAAGCAAGUAUUUUUUUCAAUUUUGUAUUAAUUAUUUUAAUCAUAUUUAAAAAUGUUUAUUAUAUUUAAUUAUCUGGGUUAAGAGGAAAAAAAGGAAAUAAACAAAGUAAACUGCACGGACAUUCCACUAGUAAACAGCAUUUAACUUGCAUGGCCAAAUGGGAAGCCUAUACUUCAACCAUAAGAACAGGAAGUGUCCACUCUCAAGUAGCAUCGAGCCACAAGCUUCUUAUAGAAAAAAAUGUCCAAUAUAUUAAAACUCUUGUUGAUAUAACAUUAUUUUUGAGCUGCCGGGGAUUAUCUUUUAGAGGACAUGAAGAAUCAAGGCUUUCACUAAAUCAAGGAAAUUUUAAAGAAAUUUGCAGUUUGAUUUCAAAACACUAUCCAGAAUUUGUAGAAAUGUUUCAAAAUACUACCAAUUACACUAGUCAUGCUGUGCAAGAUGAGUUAGCUAAUUUAUGUGCUGAGAACAUAAGAUAUAAAAUUACAAAAGAAAUUGAAGACACUAAAGUUUUUGGUAUUAUGUGUGAUGAAGCUAGGUGUUUUAAGCAAGAACAAAUGUCUUUAUGUGUAAGGUAUACUGUUGGCCUUAAUAUCGUAGAACGAUUUCUGGGAUUUAUUCACGUUUCUGUAGAACAAGAUGCUGAAUCCCUAAGUGCCCAUAUAUUUGCUUAUCUUACUAAAAAUAACAUGGACACGUUUCAUGUUGUGGCACAAUCCUACGAUGGGGCAAAUGUUAUGUCUGGAAAGUUCAAUGGUGUACAGGCUAAAAUUAAAAAUAAAUUUCCAUAUGCCAUUUAUACGCAUUGUAUGGCCCAUCGUAUAAAUCUUGUAGUAAUUGAUAUGUGCAAAUAUGUUAAGGUAAAUUAUAAUUUUUUUAGCUAUAUAUAUUUUUUUUGGUAUAAGAGACUAGGACGGUUUUUAAUACUAUUGAAGGGUUGUAUAUCCACUUUUCUCAUCCAACUAAAAACCAAAUGCUCGUUAUAAACCAUGCAAAAACAGUUGGGAAUAAAAAGUAUUCAUAUUGGUUGCUUAAGUGAUACUAGAUGGAACUGUCGGUUUAAGAACUGUGAAGCAAUAUUACACAGUUAUAAAGCUAUUAUUAACGUUUUACAGGAAGAAACGGAUAAUCAAACUGAUAGAAAUGCAAAUGAAGCUUUAGGUAUACUUACAAAUGUCAACAAGCUCAUUUGUUGUUAAUUUGUUUGUUUAAAAAAAUAUAUUGUCCACAAUAAAUAUUCUUUGCAACAUGUUUCAAGAAAAAAAUGCGACACUAGGCAAAGCAACAAUUCUUAUCAAGAGUGUUUUACAAACUUUUGAAAAUGGUAGAUCUACUCAUGCUUUUAAUAAUUUAUGGUUAGAAAUCCAAGACUUUGCUAAAGACUACAACAUUAACUUUGAUAUACCAUUUCAAACAAAGAUUAAAACGAAUAAGAAGAGAACCCAUAGAUUUAAUGAUUUUGUUUUGAUUACUACUUCUGGUGCUGAAGAACCCAAUGAAGUUGAUAAUGCUACUGCUGAAAAUUAUUUUCGUGUAAAUGCAUACUUUAAAGUUUUAGAUUCCAUUAUUGUCAAUAUG